AUGGAAAUGCUAAAGGAGGGGAAGAGAGGAGCUCGCCAAUUACGUGAGAAAAUGGGGCUGUCUUUCACCAAGUUGUUUAGCCGACUGUUUGCUAAGAAGGAAAUGCGUAUUCUGAUGGUGGGUCUCGAUGCUGCUGGUAAGACUACCAUUCUCUACAAGCUCAAGCUCGGUGAGAUCGUCACCACAAUUCCUACCAUUGGAUUCAAUGUGGAGACUGUGGAAUACAAAAACAUUAGCUUUACAGUUUGGGAUGUCGGGGGUCAGGACAAGAUCCGACCCUUGUGGAGACAUUACUUCCAGAACACACAGGGACUUAUCUUUGUGGUUGAUAGCAAUGACAGAGAUCGUGUUGUUGAAGCUAGGGAUGAGCUACACAGGAUGUUGAAUGAGGAUGAGUUGAGGGAUGCUGUGCUGCUAGUGUUUGCAAACAAGCAAGAUCUUCCAAAUGCAAUGAAUGCUGCUGAGAUAACUGAUAAGCUUGGCCUUCACUCUCUUCGUCAGCGCCACUGGUAUAUCCAGAGCACAUGCGCCACUUCUGGUGAAGGGCUGUAUGAGGGAUUGGACUGGCUCUCAAACAACAUUGCAAACAAGGUAGAAUCACAUGGUAUUCUGAAUUUUGCUCAUUCAUAUGUGAUGAUUGAUGGUUUGGCUAACUCUGUUUUUCUGGCUGCAGGCAUAGAUGGCAUAACUCCAAGUUCUCAAUUGCAAUGA